AUUCCUCAGUGCAAAACAGUUUGGAUUCACUUCAAUUCCCGAGGAUCACUAUUAAUUGCCUCUUUCUGCUUUUGCUUCUUUUCUUGUCCCCUCUCGCGUGUUUCCUUCCCUUUCUUUUUGUGCUGCUUCUUUUUCCUUUUUGCUCAUUUCGGUUGGAUUUUACCAUAUUCUUAUAAAGGUUGUUGAUCAAAGGCACCCCACAAUCUAGCAUAUUGAAUUCGUGCUGCAAAGAGGUUUAAGAGAGCAGAUAUGAAUACAUUUUCACAUGUUCCUCCUGGCUUUCGUUUCCAUCCCACUGAUGAAGAACUUGUUGAUUACUACCUUAGGAAAAAGGUAGCUUCUAAAAGAAUUGAUCUAGAUGUAAUAAAAGAUGUCGAUCUCUAUAAAAUUGAGCCGUGGGAUCUUCAAGAAUUAUGCAAAAUAGGAACAGAUGAACAAAAUGAAUGGUAUUUCUUUAGUCAUAAAGACAAGAAGUACCCAACUGGCACUCGCACCAAUAGAGCUACAAAGGCGGGAUUCUGGAAAGCUACGGGAAGGGACAAAGCAAUUUACUCUAGGCAUUGCCUUAUUGGCAUGAGAAAGACUCUGGUGUUUUACAAAGGAAGAGCCCCAAAUGGACAGAAAUCUGAUUGGAUCAUGCAUGAGUACCGAUUGGAAACUAAUGAAAAUGGAACUCCUCAGGAAGAAGGUUGGGUUGUAUGUAGAGUGUUCAAGAAACGAAUGACAACAGUGAGGAAAAUGGGAGAGUAUGAGUCACCCUGUUGGUAUGAGGACCAAGUCUCAUUCAUGCAAGAGCUUGAAUCCCCGAGGCGAAUUUCUCACCCUUAUGCACCAUACCACCAGCACUACCCCUGCAAGCAGGAGUUGGAAUUGCAAUACAAUAUACCUCAUGACGCUUUCCUCCAACUUCCACAACUAGAAAGUCCCAAAGUUCCUCACUCUGCAGCCAGUUUGAGUUGUAACUCAGUUGUUCCUUUUGCCUACGGUAGCAAUAAUAAUGGAAACGCUAUGCAAUCCUCCUCACUCACUCAAGAAGAACACAUACAACAACAUUGCCAGCAACAAAAUCUACCAUUUCUUUAUGGUAGCAAUGAUCAAGCAGUGGAUCAAGUUACAGAUUGGCGAGUACUUGACAAAUUCGUUGCUUCUCAGCUCAGUCACGAUCAACAUGUUUCCAAGGAAACCAGCUUUUCUGAUGUGGUUGAUCAAAUUACUUUGCUUCCAAAUGGAUCCAAGAAACCAGAAAUUGGCCAGGAAUAUGCUUCAACAUCCACCUCCAGUUGCCAGAUUGACCUGUGGAAGUGAAAGUUAUUACUAGAAGAUGCAUAAUAAUUAUAUAUAGGGAGUACAGUAUAAUGCUCUCAAUCGAAAAAGACAAAAAAAAAAUAUUGGUUCGAGUUUCUGCAUGUACAUAAUAAACCCUAAAGUAUAAAUAUCCCUAGCAUUUGAAGCUCUGGUGACACGUACUGUAUCCACUAAUA